AAGAAACGAUACACCCGGAAGUGUCUUAGGCGAGCUGGAGGCGUGCCGCCGGAGGCCUCACCGCUAUGGGCCGCAACAAGAAGAAGCGAGAUGGCGACGACCGGCGGCCGCGGCUUGUUCUCAGUUUCGACGAAGAGAAGCGGCGGGAGUACCUGACUGGCUUCCAUAAGAGGAAGAUAGAGCGGAAGAAGGCAGCCAUUGAGGAGAUCAAGCAUCGGCUCAAGGAGGAGCAAAAGAAGCUCCGGGAGGAGCGCCAUCAGGAAUACUUGAAGAUGCUGGCAGAGAGAGAGGAGGCUCUGGAGGAGGCAGAUGAACUGGACAGGCUGGUGACGGCAAAGACAGAGUCGGUGCAGUAUGACCACCCCAACCACACAGUCACCGUGACCACCAUCAGUGACCUGGACCUCUCGGGGGCCCGGCUGCUGGGACUGUCUCCACCUGAGGGGGCUGGGCACGGGUCCGAGGAAGAGGCGUCCUCUGUGGAGAAGCCGACCAGAGCCUUACCCAGGAAGUCCAGAGACCCCCUCCUGUCCCAGCGGAUCUCCGCUCUCACGGCGUCACUGCACGCACACAGUCGCAAAAAGACCAAGAGGAAACGUCCCCGACAGGCCCAAGACUCCACCAAGAAGCCCCCGAGUGCCACUCGUACGAGCAAGACCCAGCGCCGCCGGCUGACGGGCAAAGCCCGGCACAGCGUAGAGUGAGCCCCGAGAACCAGGCCGUGCCCGGUCCUGUGCUGUGUCCGCCUGGCUGGCCCGGUAACGCAACACCGAGGUGGGGUGACUCUGCGGCCCACGGCAGGGAGGCCAGCACCUCUGGCCCGAGCUUGCUCCCUGGCAGGGGCAGACAGCUGAGAAGUGACUCGCCCCCAGGAGGAGCCUUCAGAGCCGAACCUGGGGCAUCUUCCCAAAUGUCUCCCCCACUGAGCCUUCAUCAGAUUUGUGAAACUGAGUACACUUGUGGUCUAAAGUUUGUCCCUGACCCUGAUACCGCGUGCCAAGGGCAGGCUUCUGAGGUGGUGGAAACCGUCAGGCAGGUGGGUCCAUCUUCCCUGUCCCAACAGUUUUCCCUGUGGGGGUGAGACAGGUAGUGUUAGGUCUGGGCCCCCUAACCCGGGUUGCAGGCAAGCAUAACACUGGAAGAAUCCAGAGUCAGCCAGCUGCUCUGAAAAGCAGGCUGCUGGGCCAGGGGGGUGAGCGGCGCCGGACUCCGCCCUUUACUGGCUGAAACUUCUUGGCCUCAUUGGUCUCCUCAGCUGAAACUGAAGUGGUGGAAGCGGAUGAGUUCCAGAGCAUUCCCCACCCAGCUCAGGCCCAGUGAGAGAUGGACAGGGUGACAGGAGAGUGCAGUGCCAGGAGCAGCCGCAAGUGCCAUCAGGCCCCGGGGUGUGGGAGGGCCUGGCAGGAGGGGGAGCUGACCCCCCAAGCAGGUCUUCCUUCUGCUCAGCCCGUGGAGGGCUGCCAUUGGGCAGGCACGUCUCUUCUCCUGUCCCCAGUGCCGUGGGGGGGUCAUUUACCAUUUAGAGCUACACAUGGUGAUAUUUACAAGUAUUCUCAUCUUCUCUCUCCCGUGUGCGCCAUCAGUUCUUACAGUAAACCAAGGAGAUUGAGUCAGCGAUUUUGCCCAUCUUGGGAUCAGAAGUGAUGGAAUCAGAACCCUCUGGAGAACUUGCCUUUUCUCCCCAGAGCCCCUCUCUCCAUGAUCCACGCCUGGAUUCUUUCCUUGCCACUCUCCGUCUGGUGGGCCUCCUGGGCUCGGGGCUUCUAGGAGCUUUAUAAAGAAGGAUUAGGUUUAGCUGCGUAUAAUAGAAAACAAAAUUUAAAAACAACUGGCUUGUAUAAGAGGAGGUAACAGGGAGAUAACUAGCCUGGAGCCAGGGGGGCUGGGGGGCUGGGAUGGCAGGCUUUUAGCUUUUUGUUUUGUGCCAUUUUCUUUCUUUCUUUUUUCUUUUUUAAAGAUUUUAUUUAUUUGACAGAGCGAAAGAGCACAAGCAGGCGGAG